GUUGCUAGGGGAGUUCUCGCGAUACUGCUAGUCCCACACUCCCUCCCUCGGCUGGGGCGGGUCCCAAGAUGGCGGAGGAGGCGCUGGAGCUUCUAGCCCGCGUGUCCCGGCUGGAGGAGCCGCUGGAGGAGCUGCGGGCCCUGGGGGUGGCCGUGCAGGCCCUGCCGCUGAGCGCUCUGAGGGAGCGGGCGUCCGACAUCCGCCUCGGAAGCCUCUUCGCUCUGCUCAACGUGAACGACAGAGAACAGGUUGCUUUAUGUGUUUCUAUCUUGGAGCGGUUUCUUCAGGCAGUGGAUCCAUUGUAUGUAAUCCAGAACUUCAGAGAAGAACUUCAAAAAGGACUCUUUCAUUCUGAUGAUUCAGUUAAACUUCUUACUAUAGCUCAGGUUGGAAGAAUAGUUGAAAAUUCAGAUGCUGUUAGAGAAAUUCUCAAUAAUCCUGAAUUACUAAGGCAAAUCAUUUAUUGCAUUGGUGGAGAGAAAAUAGCUGUAGCUAAAGAGGCUAUCAAAUCACUGUCGAGAAUAGCACAGACUCAAGAUGGGCUGGAGGCUUUAUUUGCAAGCAGUUUUUUAGUUGACAUGAAAAAUGUUAUGGCAACAAGUGAUGUUGUACGAUAUAGAGUAUAUGAGUUAGUUGUUGAGAUUUCUUCGGUGUCUGCAGAUUCUUUGAAUUACUGUGCAAACAGUGGAUUAAUAUCUGAGCUAAUUGAAGAACUGACUGGAGAUGAUGUGCUGGUCAGAGCUACCAGUAUAGAGAUGGUGACCUCACUGGCAUACACUAAGCAUGGACGUCAAUAUCUUGCCCAACAAGGAAUCAUUGAUAAAAUUUCCAAUAUAAUCAUUGGGGCAGAUUCUGAUCCUUUCUCAGGCUUCUAUUUGCCAGGAUUUGUGAAAUUUUUUGGAAAUCUGGCUAUUGUAGACAGCCCACAGCAGAUCUGUGAACGAUAUCCCAUCUUUAUGGAAAAAGUAUUUGGAAUGGCCGAAGGCCAUGACCCAACUAUGAUUGGAGUGGCUGUGGACACGCUUGCAAUCCUGGGAUCAAAUGUGGAAGGAAAACAGGUUUUACAGAAAGCUGGGAGUAGAUUUCAACAGCUGUUAAACAGAAUAGGGCACCAGGCAAAGAAUCCCCCAGCAGAGCUAAGACUUCGAUGUUUGGAUGCCAUAUCAUCUCUUCUUUACUUGCCACCAGACCAGCAAACAGAAGACCUGCUAGGAAUGACUGAAUCCUGGUUUGCUGCCUUGUCUAGCCAGCCAUUGGAACUCUUCAGGAGUAUUAGUACUCAGCCAUUCCCUGAUCUCCACUGUGGGGCUUUAAGAGUGUUUACCGCUAUUGCAAACCAACCGUGGGCACAGAAACUGAUGCUUGACAGUCCAGGAUUUGUGGAAUAUAUUGUAGACAGAUCUGUGGAACCUGACAAAGCUUCAAAGGAUGCCAAAUAUGAACUGGUCAAGGCCCUUGUAAAUUCCAAAACAAUAGCUGAAAUAUUUGGAAACCAGUACUACUUAAGGCUGAGGGCUUAUCUGCAUGAAGGUCCUUAUUAUGUUAAGGCUGUUUCUACUACUGCUGUGGAAGGGGCAGAAUAAUAUCAGCGUAAUCACAUUUUUUCCUAUUUAGCAAUCCAAUGUUAGUGGAGCAGUGAUUGGUCCAAAAUGGCAACAGUUUAGGGGCUCUAACCUCAUGAAAGAAACUUUAGAAAGCAUUUGACUCAGUUGUUUUAAUCUGAAAAUAACUAAGAGUCAGGAGAGUAAUUCUCAGACAGUGGUAGGGCACUUUAAAGUAUCAUGCUGUAUAUAAAACUGCUUCCUGUACAUUUAUUGUAAUAUUUUGAUAUAACAUUGUCUAAUUGACUGGCCUAAGCAGGUUAGUUUAUUAAAAUUACGCUAGCUACUUUUGGGGGCUUUCAUGCCUACAGGAGAUGGUGCAAAAAUAAUUAGUGUUUUUUGUUUGUUUGUUCCUUCCUCUCCCCCCCCCGUUUGCUGGAUGUAAGUCUUGUAUAAACAAACAGUUCUCAAUGUUCUUUACAUCUUAUGGGGAAAGUGAACGUGAAAAAUCUUAAGUUUUUAAAGAUACUAUCUGAUAAAGUGAGUGUUAAACCAAAUUGGAAGCUGCCCCUCCCUUUUUUUUGACCUUUAUCUUUGUACUGCAGUUAAAAUAAUUUGUUUAAGAGGACGUUGCAUGAACCACAGUCUGUUAGUCAAUCUGUUUGCUUAGAAACCAAAUUUUAAAUAGAUUUUACUGUCGUUUUGAUCAAAAAUUGAUCUCUUAAUUUUAAAAGUUACCACUUUUAAAUUAUAUCUGAACUUGGGUGAUGUUAGUUUGAAUAAAAGUGAUAAGAGCAUAAAGCCUUCUGUUUAAGGACAUAAAUUUAGCCAUGAAGAAGUAACUCAUGGCUGUAGCCCAGGGAUUGGCAACGUUUGGUGUGCGACCUGCCAGGGAAAUCUGUUGGUGGCCCAGGAUGGUUUGUUUACCUGCUGCACCCGCAGGUUCGGCCGAUUGCAGCUCCCACUGACUGCGGUUCGCUGCUCC